AUGAAUAUUGGAGCAAGUACUUCUCAACAAAGAUCACGUGUUCGAAGAUAUAAUUCAACAGAAUUACUAGAGAUACUAGCCGAAUCUGCUAGUGACGAAGGUGAGUUUGUUGCUUCUAAUAAUGAACAUGAUUAUAUUCCUUUACUUGAAGAGGGUAGAUUUGAAAUUUCGGAUGUUGAGCCAGAAGCUGAAGUCGAAAAUGAGAUUGAUUCUUAUGAUUCCGAUGCGAGUUUUGAAGGGUAA